AUGUCUAUGUUUGAUAAAAUAAAAGAAAAGGCCAGUCAAGCUGCAUCAAGUGCGACUCAAAUGGGUCAACAAGCUACCCGUUCCAUUGGUGACAUGGCUUCUAAUGCAAGCACGUUACCAGAAGAGUGUGCCAAGGCCGCUCGUAUUUUGGAACAGUUUAUAAACAAGGAGGAAAUUGAAAAUGGCUUUGAUACAAUCAUCCCUGUUUCUGUUAUCAAGGAAGCCAAAGGAUUAGCUAUCUUUACUGUCGUCAAGGCUGGCUUUCUUUGGAGUGGGCGUGCAGGCAGUGGCAUUGUAGUUGCUAGAUUACCUGAUGGCAAGUGGAGUGCACCCACGGCAAUUGCAACAGGCGGCGUUGGAUUUGGUGCUCAAAUUGGCGCCGAUAUUACUGAUUUUGUCCUGAUUCUCAAUAGCGACGAAGCUGUGCGCGCCUUUUCUCAGGGAGGCAAUCUAACACUGGGCGGUAAUUUAUCAGUAAGCGCAGGACCCAUUGGUGCUGGUGGAGAGGCAUCUAUCACGGGCGAUAUUCGUGAUAAGAAGGUAGCACCUGUUUUUUCCUACACAAAGUCCAAGGGAUUGUUCGCAGGGAUGAGCAUUGAAGGCACUGGAUUAAUUGAGCUGCAAAAGGCAAACGCCAAGUUUUACGGAAGACCUAUACGUGCAAAUGCUAUAUUGAAAGGUGAAAUUCAACCACCUGUUGAAGCAAAGGUGCUGUACGAUAUGAUUCAACGUGCAGAGAGUCGUGAUCCAUACUAG